CUGCCAUUCAUCUCAUCUCAAAAAAACAUUCAUUCCUACCUCAUCCUCUGUUAUUUUGUAGGAAUAAUAUUAAAACAUGCAUACGGCAACCGUGACGACAAACUUGGGUCACUAUACUAAACCGAUAAAAUCCAAGGUGAAUACAAAAUCACCCGAAUUCCAAGCCAACUACAAAGAAAUGCUUGAUCUCGUCCAGCAGUUGCAGGAGCGUCUUCAUGAAGCCACCUUUCAGGGAUCGGAUAGGCUCCUAGCUUUGCACCAUAAACGUGGUGGUCUCUUAGCCCGCGAUCGUAUUGAGCUUUUGCUCGACGACGAUUCUCCAUUUUUGGAGCUCUGUCCGCUUGCGGGAUAUGGACAAGAUGGUAUGACUGUCGGAGGAUCCCAAGUGGCUGGAAUUGGACUUGUCUGUGGUGUGGAGUGCAUGAUCACUGCCAACAUCCCCACGCUGCAAGGAGGAGCAUGGAAUGCUUCAACAAUGGCGAGAGGGGCUCGUAUCAGUGAAAUUGCAUGGAUCAAUCGGCUGCCGCAUAUCCAGCUUGUUCAAUCGGCUGGAGCAAACCUUGCACAACAGAGUCGUGUUUUUCAUCCAGGUGGAGCAGGAUUUCGCCACCUAGCUGAGAGAUCUAAAGCUGGUUUGCCUUCGGUAGCGGUCGUUUUUGGAAGUUCGACUGCUGGUGGUGCCUACAUCCCCGGAAUGAGUGACUAUGUAGUGAUGGUCAAGGGCAAGGCACAGGUGUUCUUAGGCGGUCCCCCUUUGGUCAAAAUGGCGACAGGUGAAAUAACGGAUGCAGAGAGUUUGGGAGGAGCUGAAAUGCAUAGUCGCAAGUCUGGUGUGUCGGAUCAGUUGGCAAUGGAUGAGUUCCACGCCAUUUCCAUGGCUCGAGAGUUUGUUUCAGGACUUAACUGGACCAAGCAAACUCAGCUCCCCAUCCGGCAUCUGAGAGGCCUUUUUGACCAACCCUUGUAUGAUCCAGAUGAGAUUCUUGGUAUUGUUAGCGCCAAUAUCCGCAUUCCUUUUGAUGCUCUAGAGGUUAUCAUACGCCUUGUUGAUGGCUCGCGUUUUACACAGUUCAAGCCCUUGUAUGGACCCAACUUGAUUUGCGGCUGGGCCACUAUCCAUGGUAUCCCUGUUGGGAUUCUCGCAAACAAUAAUGUCAUAUUUCCGCCAGAAGCAAACAAAGCAACGCAGUUUAUUCAGCUUUGUAACAUGCGGGAUACCCCACUGCUUUAUCUCCAUAACAUUACGGGAUUUAUGGUAGGAAAGAAAUACGAAGAGGAGGGCAUUAUCAAAGCGGGCUCACGCUUUAUCAACGCAGUAUCUAAUUCGCGAGUACCAUGCAUCACGGUUGUAAUGGGUGCUAGUUACGGCGCAGGUAACUAUGCCAUGGCAGGGCGCGCCUACAACCCGCGCUUCCUCUUCUCGUGGCCCAACAGCAAAUGCUCUGUCAUGGGUGCUGAGCAGCUGACAGGCGUAUUGGAUAUUGUAAUGCGUGAAUCUGCAAAAAAAUCUGGCAAGGUUAUUGAUGAAGAAAUGGCCAAGGCUUCCAUGGAGAUGUUCCAGACAAUGGUCGAAAGUGAAUCGGAGGUUUACUGGACUAGUUCUCGCUGCAUCGAUGAUGGCGUCAUUGACCCUCGUGAGACACGCACUAUCCUAGGAUUCUGUCUAUCUGUCUGCUACAAUGCUGAGGUGAAAGGAGGCAAUCUAUAUGGGGUGUCGCGCAUGUAGCUUAUAUCCAAAUUGGGCGCUUGAAGGCCUAUUUGAGUUUGCUGGAACUUCAGCAUAUGGCAUUGUUUUUAUUUGUGGCUACCUAGAGAUCAAUGUCGAUAAACGUAACAAAAUAAAUUUUGUCACAAAGAC